GUUACCGUCCAUGUACCAUAUCUAUAAGUGUGUUUCCCUCUUCCUGUUGAUGUUUUUUAUGUCAAAAAACGUUGGCGUACUGUUGUCCAUUUUGUUCUUGGAAGUCUGACGGUGACUACUUGAUUUUGUUUAGUUAGAUAGGCCUAUAUGUAAAUGUAUAACAGAAUCAGGGAAGACCAAGGAUUAGUUACCUAAUACUCAACUUCCUGAAUGGAUCUGCACAUCUCAUUGACGGUGUUUACUGUGUUAUUUCUUUCAGCUGCUGGCUUGUGUUCAUGCCAAAAUGAGUUACUGCUGGAUGGGCCUCUGGAUGGAGAAGUAGGAGGGAGUGUGGUGUUCACCCUCAUCAACCCUCCAUCUGCACCACCUACAAAAAUCACCUGGACUUGUCCAAGCAAUACAGUGAUCAUCACUUCACUUGGUGAUACAGAGAUGAUACAUCCUGAAUAUAUUGGCAGAGUCUCUGUGAACAAAACCACGGCUUCACUGGAUCUCAGGAGCCUGACUCUCCAUGACACUGGGGAGUACACUGUGAACAUCACUGUAUCCAGCAGUGGUGUAGAACAAUUUGGGAAAACCUCACUGGCAGUGUUCGAGAGAAUCUCUACAUCUCCUAUCAUAAGCACUGGGGGCACCCUCAUAGCAGGCAACAGCUCUGUCAACUUGACCUGUGAUGCCCAGGGCACCAUCAUCACCAGAGAGUGGACAAAGGAUGGAACACCUCUGUUUCCUAGCAACAGCAUCACCUUUUAUGAGGAUAACAGAACACUGUCCAUCAGCCCAGUAGAGAAGGAGGACAAUGGGCAGUACACAUGCACAGUCAGUAAUCCUGUCAGCUCUGUUAGUGAGAACCACAACCUUGUGGUCAAAUAUGGGCCAGAGGAGAUUGUUAUUAUUGGCACAAAAGCAGUAGAUACUGGCAAUUUCAUUCAUUUGACCUGUCUUGCUAAGUCCAUUCCUGAGAGCAUCUACACUUGGGCUUUUAAUGGGACAGAAAUAUCCGGAGCUUCAUACAUUAAAGAGCAGAGUGGACAUGAAGACAGUGGGAAGUACACCUGCACUGCUAGGAACAGCAUCACCAAUCUCAGUCAAAAUACAUAUGUCGAUGUGUCAGUCACAGAUCAGAAGGAAGUGAAUAGCUUGUCCACUGGAGCCAUAGCUGGAAUAGCAGUGGCAUGUUUGGUUUUUGGUUUGGCAGUUGGGGCUGGAGGUUCUUUCUUUGCAAUGAGAAAAAGGAAUGUCUCUGGAAAUUCCAGAAAAAAAGAUGCCCAGGACAGUCCAUUUGCCCCCCCGUCCACAAGUAAUGAUGCUGCUUCGCAUGUCUAUGUAAACAGUAGAGUAGCUCAAGAAUUAAACAUGAGGACAAAUUCAGGCACUGUUGCUCCAAAUGAUCGUAUUUAUGACAGACGUUUGUCUUACAAAUCUGAUCCAACUGACGAGCCUUUGUAUGUAAACUAGUAUAAUAUGACCACUUCAUGGACUAGCCACAUACCACGUGAAGAAAAUAAAGAAUGCUUCCCAAGUC